AAUCUUCGUCCCAGAUGACACACUUGGCUGGAGUGAAAAGCAACCGCGUUCGCUUGGAUGACGUCGAAGCCGAGGCUUCAUACCAUGCGCUGGAGGAUGCGCCACAGCCUUCCUGCACAACCUCGGCACGGCCACAAUGCCAACGCCCGGUUGACGACUCCCUUCCACCACCAACACUGCCACCGCACUCUAUCCAAGAAGCAGUGGAAUUGUCCGUGCAAUGUUUUGACAUCCUGCACAAUACGAGCUCCAAGGCGGUCAAUCCUCCCAAGAGUCACGUGAAACUUCCCCGGUCCAAUGCCAUCUGCACGUCGCAUUACACGUGGUGGAGCUUCGUGCCCGUGUUCCUGUAUCGCACGUUUCGCAAGCCGGCCAACUUUUACUUUUUAACGAUCGGGUUUCUCCAAAUGAUUCCUCCGAUUUCCCCCACCAACGGAGUGCCGCUCCAGUUCCUGCCGUUGUCGAUUGUCGUCCUCAUUGACGGCAUCUUCGCCGCCAUCGAAGACUACCACCGCCACCGCGCCGACAACGACAUGAACGACACUCGUUGUCUCAGGUAUAACGUCACCUCCGGCGCCUUUGAGACCGCGGCAUGGAAGGACAUCGUCGUCGGCGACCUCCUCCAACUGCAAGACAACGACGUAGUGCCCGCAGACCUCGUGGUCGUCGCCACUGACGGCCAAGUGGCGGCGGGGUGCUACAUCGAGACGAAGAGCUUGGAUGGCGAAACCAACUUGAAACUGCGCGAGCCACUCCUGCAAGCUCAGUUUGACAACGUGGCGGAACCGGACAUCGCGGCCAUCUUGAACGGACUGGAGUUUGCACACGAUCAGCCGCCCACUCCAAACAUCCACGUGCAUCGAGGCGCCGUCCACUGCCGGAUGCCUAACACGCUAUCCGUAGAUGCGGAGGACAACAUGGUCACAUUGCCGAUAAGUGUGCAACACACUGCGUGGCGCGGAUGCAAGAUCCGCAACACCCAACGCAUCUGGGGCGUCGUGGCUUAUGUGGGGGUGGACACGAAGCUCAUGCAAGGCCUGAAAAUUCAAGCGAUGAAGCAGUCGACGAUCGACAGCGUCACAGACGCCCAGGUCAUUUUGCUCGUGGCGAUGCUCGUGGUUUUGUGCGUCGUGGGGGCGUCGUUGCACACGACGUGGAGCACGCCGGCCCUUCCAUCGUACUUGGGCAGGUCCGCCCCAGACAGUCCGUUCAUUGCAUCCUUUUUUUACUUUCUCAUUACGAUGGCGUCGAUCUUGCCCAUCACGCUCAACGUGUCCAUCACCGCCGUCAAGAACCUGCAAGGGUACUUUAUGACUCGGGACAAGGACAUGUUUGAUUCUGAUCGGAAUAUGCCCAUGCAAGCUCGGAACAAAGCCCUGAACGAACAACUCGGACAUAUCACGCAUAUUUUCUCGGACAAGACUGGAACGAUCACAUGCAACAAGAUGGACUUUCGCAAAUGCACCAUUCGCGGGGUUUCAUAUGGCAACGGCACCACGGCCAUUGGACGGGCCGCCGCCAGGGCCCAAUGUACGCCAAACAACUCGACCGACGCCACAGACGAAGGCAGUCACGACACUCCAGUCAUUCCAAACGUUCGUUUCCAAGACCAGCGUCUGUACGCUGACUUGGAUGGCGCCUCGGGCCCAGAGCAAGCAAAGGCGAUUCGGUGGUUUUUCACACACUUGGCGCUAUCCCACAGCGUGUUGCUCGACGCCCGCCGAGAAUUUGCAGCGUCGUCGCCAGAUGAGCUGGCGUUGGUGAGCGCUGCAAAGUACUUUGGCUUUGCUUUCGUGGAGCGGCAUCCUGGGUCCAUCAUCGUCCAGCUGGCCCAAGACGGAUCCUCCGAAACGUACUACCUGCUGGCUGUGUUUGAGUUUACAAGUGCUCGCAAACGCAUGUCGGUGGUCGUCCAGAGUUGCAACGCCAGCCAAGACGUCGUCGUCCUGAGCAAAGGCGCGGACUCGGUCUUAUGGCCUCGGCUACGCUCGGAUGCGUGGGUGGAAGCCACCAAGUCUCAUUUGCACGGAUUUGCCACGGAAGGCCUGCGCACCCUGGUUAUAGCAUCCAAAACGAUUGCCUUGGACGAAUGGGAACGCUUUUACGCCGAGUACCAGCUCGCCCAAGUGCACAGUGCCGAACGGGUGGAGCAGCUGCAGGAUGACAUGGAGGACAACCUGACGCUCUUGGGCGUGACGGGGAUCGAGGACCGACUGCAGGACCGUGUGCCAGAAACCCUCGAGUUGCUGUCCAAGGCUGGUAUUGGGCUGUGGGUGCUCACGGGAGACAUGCAGGAAACCGCCGUGAAUGUUGGCUACGCCUGUUCCCUACUCACCAACGACAUGGACAGGUACAUUGUAAACGCCCACACGUGCCCCACGCGCAUCAGCUUGUUGCACCACUUGGACGAGUUGUACAAUCGCUUGGUGGGGUCAGCCUCGUCGUUCACUUCGCACCAGGCGGCCAUAGUCAUCGAUGGCACGUCGCUGUCACUGCUUUUGCACGGCAAGAGUACUCGUACCGAUCCAGACUACACCUCGACUUCCACCGACGCGCUGCACUUUCUCCGCGUGGCUCUGCUUUGUCGGGUGGUCAUCGCGUGCCGGUGCUCGCCGUCUCAAAAGGCGCGGCUGGUGGAACUGGUCCAAGUGCACUGUGCCGACGCCCGGACGCUGGCGAUUGGCGAUGGAGCGAACGACGUGCCGAUGAUCAGCACGGCGCACGUGGGCGUGGGCAUCGCUGGCGAGGAAGGCCGACAAGCAGUCAAUUCGAGCGACUUUGCCGUGGGGCAGUUUCACUUUCUCGCGAGGUUGGUGCUCGUGCACGGCCGGUGGAACUACACCCGAGUGGCGCACUUGAUUGGGUUUACAUAUUACAAGAACAUUGUGUACUGCAUGUCCAUGUUCUGGUUCAUGCUGACGUACUCGGCGUACUCUGGCGCGUUGAUCUACGCCGUGUUCAUUCAGCAAGGGUACAAUCUAUUCUUCACGGCACUCCCGAUCAUUGCAUAUGCCGUGCUCGACCAAGACGUCCCUGCUAACAUUGCGAUGGCCCUUCCGCAGCUGUACCACGUCACAGGACGUCGGCUGUUCGAUCGACAUCAAUUUUGGACGUGGAUAUGCCUGGGCGUGGUGGAUUCUGUGCUUUUGCUCUACUUUGUGACGCUGUCCAGCGUAUUGGUCGACCCAUUCAGCGCCACGACGUCACUUCUUACCCUCGGGGACUUGGGCUGGACUGCGCUUUGCUUGUUUAUGAAUAUCCGCAUCAUGCUGGUCGUGUCAACUUGGAAUAGCUUCCUCCUUGCUUCGAUUGGCAUCAGCUUGGGCUUUGUCUAUGGCCUGCAGAUUGCCAUCGACGUCUUGUGGCUGCAAGUGCCUACGUGGGAGGCUCCGUACUGGUGGCUUCUGCACUACCCCAUGACGUGGCUCGUUCAGCUGCUGGUACUGGUGGGGAUUGUGAUCAAAGACGUUUGGUAUGCCGCGUAUCAGCGGAGGUUCCACCCCACGGUAUUGGACUUGGUGCAAUCAGCAACUCCAACCCAGCGAGCCACCACCGGCCGGCCCUCUCUGGAGUCUCUUCAGUCGAUUGAGUUUCCCCCUGUCAAGUGGAUUCUGCCACAUCUGCACAGUCUGCAUGACAAUAUGGAGCCAGACACGUCCGUCCCCACCGAGCGCAUGCGACAGGAGGGCAGCCAUCACGGGUUUGCCUUUGGCCAACCUGCCAACAUCCUUCGAUGGCUCUUGCGCAAAGUACCUACCUACCUUUAGCCAUGAUAUAUGAAGUUUCCAACUAUAAUACUAUAGAGCAAGCCCCUCUACGCGACGGCACUUCCUCAACCAAGAAGGUGGGACACGACGUUCCUGCAGUUUGUGCUGGCGUCGGCGUCGGAUGUGUUUGAGAAUGAGCGGUACCAGCCGUUUCUGGGGUUUGGGCACACGUAUCCAGGGCACUUGCUGCCGUCGGACAGAGGCCACUGGAGCAACGCGACUGGUUCUGUCUCGACCAACCAGGAUAUUUCCACGGCCCUCUUGACUCUGGACGAAAAUCCCAACGGCGACGACCACGGAUGGGAAUACGCGUGGGAUUUUUCCCAAUUUCCCCAACGAACGUGCCAUCGCAAGUUGGGUUUGGUGCGGCGGCGGCGGUGGGUCGUGCGAGACGUGGCUGCUGCACCUGCUUCUACUGCGGUGUAGUCUAUAUGCUACAGUAUAUAGUCAUAUACAAAAAGCAUACUGUUGUACUUUGUAAACUGC